AUGGAGUCUAUUCCCGCAGAACUCUACCCAGGUUUCACCAGAUACAUGGACAAUUCAUCACUUUACAGCUUGCGCCUGGUCAGCAGGGCGGUCGAGAAGAAGACUUUCGCUACUUUCGCCGACCGAAAAUUCGAGCACCUUCAUAUCCCUCUAGACAUAGAUGGACUGCGUACAGUACUUGGGAGAUUGCGGACAUCCAAAGGCGAAGACCAAGGUUUCCGAGUCAAGAGCAUUACUUUCUGUUUUAACGCUUCCGGAAUUUGGAGUGCUCGCCAACCUCGAGAGGCUCGAAUGGAUGAAAAUAUUGACGACCUGCUGUUGAAGCUGAUCAGCAAGCUGGGCAAUGUGAUGAGACUGAGUGUCUUUGGAUGGCGUGUCUCUGAUGCUGCUGCCGCUGCUGCUGCUUCUUCAAAGCUAUUUCGGGCCCUGGUAGUCAAGCCUCUGCCUAAGCUGGCUGAAGUCGACCUCGAUGGCGGAAUGUACUGUGUGCGUGAGCUCCAAGCAUUCUGCAGUGCACACAAGGGAAUCCAGGACUUCCGUAUGGGGCAUUGUCGCCAACACGCCGGGGCUUGCGUCUGGACUGAUCUCUUCUGCACUUUACAAACCGACCUGACGCUCCGGCGAUUCAGCAUCUAUCGCCUAUAUCCACAUCAGGAUCCAACGCGAUCUUGGUCAAUUUACCCAUAUCUGGUCCUAUCGAGUGUUCGCACUGUACGCGCGGUGAGAAACCCUAACACGUCGAGGCUCACGUACGAUCAUUAUGUCUUGCGCCCUGAGGCUGCGGACAUGAUAGGCGAGGUGGCCGUCAAGGCCGGUAUGCAGAAGCUGCUCGAGCUUCAUGGAGUCGCAUCUGCAGAGUGA